AUGCACCCCUCAAUAACUAGGCUAGCGGCCGCCGCUACCCCUCGGGGUCUCCGUCCCACACCCAUGGCUCUUCUCCCCCCCAUCCCCCUGUACCGUCGGUUACUGCGCGCCCAUCGCAAGCAUCUCCCCAGUGAGAUGCGCCUCCUGGGAGACGAGUACAUCAAGGCCGAGUUCAGGGCUCAUCGCAAGGUUGACAAUCCCGCACAUCUGGUAUGCAACUUUUCUCUUCCAAACACAUCUCCUCCUCCUCCUCCUUUUUCUCUGCCUCUCUCUCUCCUUUUCUCUUACCCUUCUCCGUCCAAAGUGGACAUGCUGACAAAACCGUCGCUCCAGAUUGGCUUUCUCACAGAGUGGCAGCUCUACGCUCAAAAGGUGGAGGGAGACUCGUGGAAGGGCGAAAAGAUUGAGGAGGGAAAGCUGCAGAAGUUGAGUGAUGAGCAAGUUCACCAGCUGUACGAGCUGAUGCAGGCUAUUCAGAAUCGCGGGGAAGGGGAGUCGGAAUCGUAG